AUGGCAGUGCAAGGAGUGAGGCUAUCUCCAGCCCUCAAUGUCCAUUGUGGAAGGAUGGAUCUAGUAUUCCGCAAGUCGACUGUCUUCCAUAUUUCUGUCCAGAGACAGGCAUUGGAUAAACUUGGCUAUCGCAACUAUUUAUUUGGACGGCGAGGAAAAGCAGCUGCCUUGGUAAACCCUGGCUCGCAAAGUAGCAUCUCUGCCACGGCUGAUACGCAUGAGUCUCCAACUGGGCUGCAGAUAAACGAGCCGAAAAUCACCUCCAGAUGGAUCGAUGGGAGUGACCUCGUGCAGAUUGUAGAGGUCUAUAUCAAUAACACAGACCCAGCACAUUAUUUGACAGAGGCAGACAACUUGGUUGUGGAAGUCCUGUCAGACUCAGUAGACACUGUCGUACAUGGAACGCUCAAGCGCCCCGGCCCCAGACAAGCUGCCAUCGUUCAAACUGGCAUUAAGAAGAAGCCAAAAGCACAGUCGGGCUUGCAGUGUACUGGAACUAUUGUCGCCAAAUACGGUAACAAGAAGGGAGGCAAGCAAGCUACGCAGCCCGUCUCUGGAACAUGCGGCUUCAUGGACUAUACUGUAACGAAAUCCAGUGUCAACCCUCAUCUCGCUCCAGAUUGGUUCAAUGACCUCAAAAUGGUACUGGUCAUCAAUGCAGUCUCCCAAUGGCAAGACCAAACUUACCAGUAUCACCUGAAGACUUAUGGCAAGGAUGUCAACUAUGAUGACUUUUUUGCCAACUUCACCGACAAAGGCUUUGAUCCUCGAGAAUGGAGAACAAGUACCAUCAUUGCGUGGAAUUACUCCUUUACGUUCCGGAUUUUAGGCACAUAUUUUAGUGGCCCCCCAACGAAUCCUUACACGAAAGCAGAAACCCCCUACACCGGUUUCGUAGAGGUCGAAGAUUUUGUCAAGGACAUUCAGUUGCCCCAGAUGAGAACGUUGGCCGACGAAUAUGAUAUCGAUGUCAUGUGGUGUUAUAUCACGAGUAAGGGGAAUAAUGCGACAAUAUUUGCACCUGAAUGGCUGAAUUCGGCACGCAAGAACAAACGGCAGGUGACCUUUAACAACCGCUGCGGAAUACCCGGAGACUUCGACACUCCGGAAUAUGUGACCAACGGAGACACAGUCAUACGAAAAUGGGAAGCCAGUAGAGGCAUGGAUCCGCAUUCAUACGGCUACAAUGCCCAAACACCAGACUCCGCCUAUCUCACGGGUGAACAGAUUGUGCACACCCCGGUUGAUAUGAUCAAGUCCCGUGGAGAGAGUAUUUUCAAGGGAGGAUUCUGGACCGUCAAGCCGGGGUCUGAUCCAUUUCGUUAUACGACCACGAAGGACGCUUUCUACAUUCAUCACAUUGGAAAGCCAUCCAAAACCCUGGAUAUCACUGAUCCGGUCCCACAUUUGCCGGGCGAUAAAGUUACUGUCGUAAUCGGAAGACUGAACGGCAAGACUGUCCCCGCGUCGUGGAACGAGGUUGGUUCUCUGAAGCUCACUUUGGGAACGGAUGUACUUUCCGGGGGACAGAUACAUCUGGACGUUCAAGAUUCAGUACAAGUAGAACAGUUGCGGCAUUAA